AUGUCAAAAACAGAACAGAAACCAUACAUGUCCCAGACCCAGGAUUUUAGCUUUACGUUGCAGCCUUACAAUGGAGGAAUGCCUAGUGAAGACGAAAAUCAGAGUAGUCCUAAUAUGGUUUCUCAAUUUUCAACUCAGAAAGGUAACUGUUAUUGCGUGGCUCUUCCCAAUUAUGAAAGUGAUAGACAUGCUUUAUCUUUAUCAUUCGGUACUAGGCCUAGUAGACGUACAUGCAAUAAUUAUCAACAAGGUUGUAUUGCUAGUGAUGUUCUCCCGAGCUUGUGUAAUUUAGUAAACAUUAGCGAUAGGCGCCAGUCGGAGUAUCAUUCACUACAAAGAAAUUGUUCCUCCGGACCAGAAAACGUGUGCUCACAACUGCAAUGUCUUAAAGUUUCAAUUCAACUCAAUAAUAAAAGAAAUGAAGAAGGUGAAAGAUUUAAGUUUCUAGAGGGAGACGAAAUAAAAGGAUAUGUUACUAUAUCAAAUUGUUCGAAAAAAAAGUUACCCUAUACUGCAUGUUUGGUAACUUUAGUAGGAUACAUAUCAGUAAAAACAAGAAAAAAAUUCAAUGUAUUAUAUCAAAAAAAAAUAAUUCAUCGCUUUCUUUCUAUGGUUGAUUAUGACGCUUCAAAUUCUUUAUCUAAUUCUGAUGACGUUGGAAGUUCAAUUGUAGUCGAUAAAGAAAACUCAUAUGCUUUGAACGAGACGAAAAAAAUAUAUAUUGAGCCUUCCACAUCUCGCAGAGAAUCGUUCAAAUUCAAAUUACCCGAGCAUUUAGCAAACUGCGCAUGCCAAAUACAUAAUUUGCAACAACAUUGUGGACUAUUGCCUACAUUUGACUUACGCACAAAUUCUGGUUCAGUGCUACAAAAAUGGUUCAAAAAGGGUUUAAGAUCACUAAGUGGUGAUACCCUAGAAAAUAAGAGACUAGGUUCACCAGAUUCUGAAGCCUCUAUAAGUUAUAAUGUUGAAGCAAAGGUUAUAGGUGAAAUCUCUGAUUACCAGGAAUAUUUAUACUCUUCAUAUCGAGCUAUCGAAAAAAAGUUGCUCAAGAGACUUAUUAUUAUAGAUAAGGCAAAUGUUACUAUAUGUGUCCUGCCAACAAGUGAUUUGGUAUACUUAGAUCAAGAAUUAUUUGGUAUCCUGUGCAAAGAAAUAUACCACGAUUUGAUUGAAAGAGCACAAAAAAAAGUUUAUUCUAAUGAAAAGAGAGUGUCUAUUGAAAAACUGCCUUCUGUUUGUAAGAUUCAACAACUAUAUACCAGCGAUAAGGAUAUAUCUUUCAAAACUGCACAGACUUUAAAUGGAUCUAAAAUGGGAGACGGAAAUAUAUCUACUGACUUAUUCUUGAGCUUACCAAAUUCAUUGGGUACCACCAGCAUAAUAUUGCCUGCCAUGCUGUUAAAUAUUUCUUCUUCACCUCCUUAUAUGCGUGCGAAUGGUGAUAAUAUAAACCACACACCAUAUACAAGGAGAAUUCCGAUAAAUUUAGAAUUUACUCCGUGCUCUCUAAAAAAGAGUUAUAAGUUUCCAAAAGUUAGUAAGGUCUCUUUAGAACUAGUUGCAUUGACGUUCAUGUCGCGAACACUUCCAAUUCCAAUUGCAAUUAAUCAUGAUAUACUAUUUGGAAAGAAGAAGAUUACGGAUGAUAAAGUUUAUGAUCCUUUUGAAGAACAAAUUAGAAAGCCUUUUCGGUCCCUAUUUAUAAACAUGAAUAUGACUCUAAUAAAGAAAGACGAUUGCCAACUACUUCUUGAUCUCAGAAGUUUAGCUUACAUGGAAUACGAAUACGAGAGCACUUUUGUUCCAACUUUAGAAGAUAGUUUGAGUGGCGAAGUUUCGAAGAUUGUGUCUUCGACUCCAUGGAAACUGUCAGGUUCGAAGGACCACAACCACUUUAAGAAAACGAUUAACAUAGAUAUAUAUGCAACUGAAAUGAAAAAAACUCUCGAAAAGAUACACUGGAUUCCAGAAUUUCAAAGCUGUUUUAUGGGAAGGCUAUAUUUUUGCAAAAUCAAUAUCAAAAUGAGGAAUAUGCACGAUAUAUCGAUUUACAUGCCGUUGUCAAUUAUGAGAGGUGAAGACAAUGCUUAA